UUAUCAUCAUCAUUCGAGUUAAUACAUCAUUCAUCAGCUAUGCACCUAAUAUAGGUAGCUUACAACAAACCUCUUAGCAUAAAUACAUACCAAUAUCCAUCAUCACAAAGUUAAAGCUCUUCUACAAAACACUUAAACUAUACAUAGUUUGAGGUGGCUGUCAUGGUAUUGUACGUAAUCCUAAAGCCUAGUAGUUGUCCAAAAUAUUUUGGUUUAAUAAAUAUAGGCAGACUCAUUUAAUUUUUGACCCAUAAUGUGUUUGGUUUGUUGUGCACAUGGAAAUAAAAUAGGGAAUCACUAAAGUUUGGUUUGGUUGGUUGCAUGGAAGUAUAAGGGGUUGUUUGGAGGUUGACAUUCUACAAAUUGAAGUAUUUAAUCAAUUUGUGUAUUGUAAUUUGAUGUAUUGAUGAAAUUUAUGAAUUUGAAAAGUACCUUGUUUGGAGGUUUAGAUUGUGAUUUGCUAUAAAUAAAAAAGUAGAGGGUAGACAAUCACUUGGUUACAAUCUCACCUUUAGGUAGAGAUUGAUAAUCACUCAUUUUGAGUGAUUGUAGGUGGGCCUAGAAAAAGGUAAUACAUGUAUUUUGUCACAGAUUGAUAAUCACUCAGUUCUGUUAGCCACGUCAGCACAAAAUUGACGCCGUUAAUGAAGACUAACGUAAGGUAACGGAGAGUGACCAAACUUGAACUGUUUAACUAAUUUUAGUGGCCACCAACGGAAUUAAAUAUUUUUAGUGACUAAACGUGAAUGUUUUUUUUGUAAUCCUAGUGACCAACCUUGCAAUUUACCCUGGAUGUAUAUAUUUGUAACAUCCCGAACCUCGAAUAAUUUUUUUUUUCAGAUGGCGGGCGUAUAUUAUAUGAUUCGAGACUGAAAAAAAAUCGAGAAGUUAUCCUAUACGAGAUAGGAUCCGUGAAACCACUCGGAAACUCACAAACCAUUAGAAACUGAAGCAAAAAUAAAUUGGUGGGUUGCUAGUAUUGAACCAGUAACCUCCUAGCAACUAAGGGAAAGUUGACAGCUUAACCAGCUGUGCCAGCUAUUAUCCGUGUUAAUGGAAGCACCCUGCUUGAUUUUAACCUUUAUUGACUGCGUGCAUUGGCAGCAGCUCCAUUUAUUUAGCGGUGCCUACUGUGGGAACUUGGAAGUUGAUCACUACACUUCUGAACCAUGAAGGCGGCCUUCAAAGAGCCCUCAAUGCACCUACAGAGAGUAAAGAGGGGGGAGGAUGAGUUUGAAUAGCCUUUAAAGGCUUGGUCACCUCUCUUCAUCUUCUUCUUUACUCAAACCCACCAUUGAAGGAAACCUCUCCUAUAUAUGUGAAUUAGAAGUGAAAGGAAAGAGGGAACAGAUAACAAAGGUCUAGCAUACUCUCUGUAAUCCCAGCAAAGGUCAAGAACCUAUACAAACCUAUUUACAAGCCAAAAUCGUCAAACCAACUCACCAAAUAUUCUUCGCCGAAACUUUUGCCGUAAACUUUUCGUCAGCCAAACCAGCACCAUUAAAGGUAGUAUCAGCUGCGAAGCUUGAUACUGUUGCGAAGAGAAAGUCUCCACGAGCAUCACAGAUUUUACGGAAUUGAAUUCCGAGCUCAGACGAGGGAGAAACAAGGCCCGGAAGUUGGUACGUGAGGUAAAGGAAAUUCCAGUUUUCUGCAGAUUUUGGACAGCAGAAAAUUCAAAAUUAAUCCCUAAUUUCGUACUAACGAUGAUCAGCUCGCAGUUUCUUCGUUUGACGUCCAAACGACGAACCGUUUUCGCCUACAGGACCGUAGAAACAAGGAGAAUAUUUAGGAGCCAAUCUCUGGAAUUUUAGAACUUAAUUCCCGACUUGGAAUCGGCUAAAAUUAAGGUGUGUGGGGAUUAAGAGGACCUUAAUUAUUGCGUUGAUUAUUUAUGCUUGAUUUACAUAUUUGGAUGGAUUAAUUACUGUGGUUGAUAACUUAAUUUUUGAUACGAUGAUUUGCAGAUUAUUCUUGAUUGUUAUGAAUUUUACGCUAUAAAUAUCGGUAUUUGACAAGUUUCACCGUAAAAAUGGAUAGUUGGGUUUAUUGAGUUUAAAACGGAUCUAAGAUAUUUUUGGUAUGUCUAAAAUGAUGUUGGGGCAGAUUGAGCAGAAGAUUUCACUUGAAAAUGGUUUGCGGAUUAAAAACUGAAUAACGGUGAAUUUUACGGAAAGCUCGGUAAAAACGUGUUUUAUUUAUCUUUAAGAUUUUGAUCACUUUAAAAUGGUCAGUAUGGAUUGUUAAAUGGGUUUUGGUCUGGAAAUGGUAAAUUAGUCAGUUGGUGGAGUUUUUAUCUUUAAAAUGGUAAAAACGAGCUUAAUACGAGAUUUGCGGUAAAGACCGAGUGUAAUAUUAUUUUCAUGGUUUUGAUUUGUUGAAAAAUAUAAAAACUGGACAGACCUGUUUUAGGAUGAUAAAUGAAGGUUCUUGUAUUUUUGGGAGAUUUUCGGAUUUGCUGUUUUGUGGGAAUUUAAGUUACCGUAAAAUAAUGGUUAAUACGAGAUUUUUGGAUAUUUUAUUGUCUAAAUUUAUUUUUAUGAUCAGAACUAGAUUAAAUGGAUUUUUGUGUCAAUAAAUUCAUUUACAUGAAUUGUGUGAGGAUUUUAAUGAAGGAAAGUGAAUUUUGAGAUAAGGAUAUUUUUAACCGCAACCGGGUUAUUUAUAAUUAUUUGCGUUGGCGCUAUUUUGUGAAAUUGUUGAUGAAUUUUGGAUGAGGAAUGGUGACAUGGUACUGCUGAGUAGCUUUAAUGGAGAAUGAAAUGAUUUAUGUGAAACGUCGAGUUGAUAAUCGACGGGGAAUAUAUAUAUGUGGACUGGUUGAUCCGUGAGACUACAUUGAUUCCGGAUUAAUUGUGAUGGAUGGGAAAAAUGGAAAUGGUUUGAUUCUUGAUCAUAUUAAUUCACAUAGAUAUAGAAAGGGCCUGCACUUACCCUCACCCCUUGAGAGUGGGUAGAUUUAGCUCGCUUAUGCGAUUGAGUGUUGUGGUUGCAUGAGCACCACGGAUGAGUGUUGUGGUUAAAAACCACGGAUUGAGUGUUGUGGUUGCAUGAGCACCACAGAUUGAGUGUUGUGGUUGCAUGAGCACCACGGAUGAUGAUUUGCUCGAGCGAGGGUAAGUGUAUGGUGACCUUGACGCCAUUAAUAAUUAACUGGAAUUUUCAUAUCAUGCAUUGAUUAUGUGUUCAUGAAAUUAUGUGAUUAGUUUAUUGGAUAAAUUGAUUUGGUGAUGAUGAGUUGGUGGAUUCGAUAAAUUGAUCGGUAAUUUAUAUAUGAUGAUUUAAGAUGGUAUCUAGAGUACUAAAUUAUGCUUGAUUACGAUUGUUUGAUUAGCUGAUUGUGGUCCCAAAAUUAGGUCGUGGGAAAGAUCCACACACACAGCUUAGUUGCUGACCCACGUAUGUUUUCAGGCUCGCAGGUGCAACUAGGAUCGGACUACUGAGGCUGCCCUAUCCUUCUGUACUACCAUCAUGAGGUAGUUGGAACACUGUUCUGUCAUGGUCACCUAGGAUUUCUGCUUUGAGUGCUUUCAAUAAUAACCCACCUUUUGUAAAAUUCAAUAAGUGGGUUGGGGAUCGAAUAGUGAGUUUGUAUGAUAACGGUUUAUGUUUGUGUUUAAUAAUCGGAGAUGAUGUUUGAGAUGAUUGAGUUCAACCAGUAACACCAAGGAUUUGGCUGCGCGGUUGAACCAUGGGUUCAACCAUAGAGAUUUUGGGUGGGGUGUUACAAUAUUUGUCAAAAAUUUAGUAGCAUAUAUAAUAAUUUUUUUAAAUACAAUAACAUAUGGAUGUUUUAUUAAUGUUUUGAAUAUAUAAUUCUCCGAAAAUAGAUGCUCUCUUGUUUUAACUCUCUCCCGUUCCACCUUUCGGUAACUUAAAGUAAUCCUGCCAAUGGGUCGGAUCAAAAGCUAGUUAGUAAUAAGGAUGACAAUCUCAGUGGACCAAAAGGACAAGGAGGUUGGAAAACUAGGACAAUGAGGUUGGAAUGUUUGGAAUGUAUCAUGAUGGUUGUACUGGUGCAACCGCUGAUCGUGUUCAAUUCGUAUAAUAAUGGUUAUUUUGUUUGGAAUGUUUUUAUUUUAUUUAUAUAUGAAUUUAGAUUGUAUUUGUAAGUACAAUAAAUUUUAUUUUAUACAUGUUUUAUAAAAUCGACGUGAAUUAUAAUGAUCAAUUAUACUCCAAUCAAAUUAUACCACUUGUUAGUAGGGAUGGGCAUUCGGUCGGUUCGUUUUCGACCGAACUGAAAUUAUGAAUACCGGGUCCCCGAAUUCUUCUAAACCUUAAAUCGAAUUCGAAUCAAAUUAUAAUUCAGUUCGUUCGGUUUAAAUCGAAUUAUAAUUCGGUUCGGUUUUUCACACAAAACCGAAUUUGUGAGGCUACUUGUAUCUUCUCACUUUUAUAUUAUUUUUUACCCUAAUAUAAAAAAUAAAUAUGCAAUUAUAUGCAUCAUCAAUGAUAAAAUCAAGCUUUUCAACACAUAAGUCAUCAAACAUUUCAAAUAUUUAAGUCUAAAAACAACUACAAACAUAAAAAUCCAACAUUUGGAGCUUGCAAUUAUAGUAUUUCGGUUUUUAGUUGAAAAUUCGGUUCGGUUGAAAUAACCCUAAUUUCUGAAAUAUCCAUAUUUUCCUUUCGAAUUCCGAACCGAAUAGCAUUAUUUCGGUUUCAGUUCGGUUUAAUUCGGUUUCAGUUCGGGUUUACCGAACCGGUUGCCCACCCCUAGUUGUUAGACAGCAGAAAUAUAUAAACCGGUUUGAAAAUCGUGCCGGAAGCCGAACACUCAAGAUCCGCUUCCGUAUCUGCCUUUCGAUAUUUUCUUUCCCCCCGCCACAGACCACAGUACCCCAAAUUCAAACACUCAAGAAAUUGGAAGGGGGGAAACCAAAACAUGGAGAAGAGGCUCCGGUCGUCUCUCAACUCAUCCGUCGAGGAUUUCCUCUCCGCCGCCGUCAAACUCUCUCUCAAAUCCUGCAAGCCCUCCCUCAAGACGCUAGUCCAUUCCAUCUCCCCUUCUUCUCCGUCCUCCGCCACUCUCCCUCCUUCUCUCCGCCGCUUCAUCUUCGAUUCAAUUUCCUCGUUCCAGAACCUUAGUCAACCCCCAUCUUCGUCGCCGCCGCCUCAUUCCCCUGACGCUUCCAAAUCGCCUCCCUCCAAGCGGCCCCGCCGUUCCUCCCGGAAGUCCAGCGCCACUACUUCCCAGGUAAACGAGUUCGGUUCCUCCCACAAUGAACCUAACAUCGACUACGAGAAGCAACGGACGCUCGAGAGCGUUCAAAUUCUCGCUUACCUCACUUUCCUCUGUAUUUCGCAUCCCAAGAAGCCCUUCCCGGCCGCGGAACUGUUGCCGGCUGUCCAGCUUCUCCAUGACAACUUGAUUCUGUUCGAAUCGGACUCCAAUUUGCUGUCUGAGAUAUCGAAUUUGUGCGAGGAGUGUUGGAAAGAGGAAUUCCCGGGGAGAGAGCUACUCAUCUCGCAGUCGCUGCCGUUCCUACUGUCCAGGUCGCUGAGACUGAAGAAGAAGGUGGAUAUCCACAGGAUCUACGUUCUCCGCGAGGCGUUUGCUUUGUUCGAUUUUGAGGAUGAGAGCAUCGAGGAUUUGAAAUUGUUGCUUAUUCGGUGCUUUAUUGCUCCUCUCUUUUUGAAAACUGAGGAUGGGAAGAAGUUUCUUGCAUUCGUGUUGGGAUUGAGCAAGCAGGUGCUGAAGGAGGCUUUGGCCAUGAUGAAGUCGCAGAUCUCGUUUGGAAGGAAGUCAAUGUUGGAGGCGUAUGGGGAGAUUUUGUUUAGGGCUUGGAAAGGAGUUGGAGGGGAAUUGAAGGAUGAGAUCGAGAGUGGGUUUUUGCAGACUCUGAUUGAGGGUGCUAUACAUGCGAGCUCUGGGCCAUUUGCAGCUUCAAUUAGGCGAGUUGUUGGUGGAUUUGUUACUCAAAGGAUCAGUGAAGGAGUUGAGAAGCUCCUUUUCAGGCUAGCCGAGCCUGUGAUUUUUCGAUCACUGCAGGUUGCAAAUUCAAAUGUUCGUCUUAAUGCAUUGCAUUUGCUUUUGGAUCUGUUUCCCCUUGAAGAUCCUGAUUCAAACAAAGAAGCUAAGGAUUCACUGCUUGAUAGACAGUGCUUUUUAUUGGAGAGGCUGCUCGUGGAUGAAUGUCCAGGUCUGAGAGUGGUGGCAGUGGAAGGCUGCUGUCGUGUCCUCCAUUUGUUUUGGGAAAUCAUACCCUCCUCAACAAUCACAAAGAUACUUACCAAAAUUUUUGAUGACAUGACACAUGAUAUUUGCAGCGAGGUUAGGGUUUCCACAGUAAAUGGUAUAGCUUAUUUGCUUGGAAACCCUCAGUCUCAUGAAAUUCUCAAAGUUCUACUGCCCAGAAUGGGACCCCUGAUCUUGGAUAAUGUUGUUUCAAUUCGCGUUGCUGUUUUGGAUCUCCUCCUUGCUAUAAACGAUAGUCGGAAGUUCCAGUUUAAUAAGGUGGUCGGUCUUGAUGCUCUAUUGUCAACUCUAGCAAAUGAUCAAUCCCAAAUAGCCCAGAAGAUAACAAGACUACUUAUCCCAUCAUACCUUCCCUCAAAAGUUAACAAAGAAGAAGCUUGUAGUCGUUGCAUCACUCUCAUAAAGAGGUCUCCCGUGGCUGGCGCAAGGUUUUGUGAAUUUGCUGUAUCAGAAGGGGCCUCACUAAAACAUGCCAUGGAGCUAGUCCAAGUAUUGGUUAACUCUGUUCUCUCGCAAGAUAAGGCUGAAAAGGAUCAAGUUGAGGGCAUGCUUGUGGCUUCUGCUCACCUUUGUAGAAGUGUAGUUAGUGAACAACGUUGUCAGACUACCCUUAAAGACUUCCUUUCUGGUGUUAAUGCCAAGAGCUUGUUUGCUGCAGCAUCAACUCCUCGUGCUCAAUCUUCUGUCAUCAGCAUCUUCUCCAUUGUGUCUCCAGAAGAUGUGACUCAGCUUGUUGAAGAGUGCAUGCGCCUCAUUACAUGUAGUAGUGGAGUAUCUCAGGAUAAAGAAAUGCAAACCCAAGUGAAGUCUGCUCACAAUUUAUUGAUGUCUUGUGAUGCCUUCGAUCACAUGUUCGGGUCUUUGACAAAUAUUUUGGAGAAAACAGCCUAUCGUUGCCAUGUUAAAUUUGGGAUUGAAAUGUCAGUUAAGAUGCCCAAUGGGAAACGGAGAAAGGGUGAGUCAACGGUCAAGUCUUCAGCUAAGUGGAAACACAUGAGAGGGAAAAAGGCAUCCAGUUUCGAGGAGGAUUAUUCUAUUGCUGUGGCAGUAGCUUGGCAGCUGAAAGAGUUGCUUGCUGUUGUGGAUGGCCAAAAGGCUGUCUUAGGGUCUCAAGAUCUAGAGCAGGCAUUUCUUGCUUUAAAGGAUAUUUCAGAGGCCACCAUAUUGCAGGCAGCAUGCUGUGAUUACAUGGAUGCUGAACCUGUUUUAGCAUAUAUGGCACUCUCCUUGCAUAAAACUCUUCAAAGCUUAAUCACAAGAGGUACAGGUGAUAGUUCAGUUUCAACAUCAGAGAAGUCUGUACUGGACGAGACAGUGGACCACAUUCUUAACUGCAUCGAGCGGCUUCUUGGAGAAUCAACUGAUUCAAGAUCAGACUCCGUCAACAGAAAAGCUGAUAGUAAUGGGAAGAGACAAAGGGAGCGUCAAGCAGAUGUGUCUAUAUCAAACAAUGAUGAAUUGGCGAGUGCUAAGGUGACAAGAAUGGCAAAUAAGGUGAAGAUGCAGACUGCAUUGCUCAAGUUCAUCACUGAUUGCAUUGCGAUGGACUUUCUGUCUCAGAUCCACCGAAGGUGCUUAACAUUCGCAUCGAUCUACCUAAAAGAUGUCGUGUCCACUUUUGGUCAACAACAACCGAAUGAAAAUUUCUCGACCUCCAAUUUGUCAAAAGACAUCUUUACUUGUCUGAAGAGUUCGUUCAGUUAUGCUGCCAAGUUGCUCAAUCUCAUUCUCAAUGCAGCUACCAGCAAUGAAGCUUCACAAGAGGCUUUCGAACUCACAAACACAAUGUUCGAUCUAAUUAUAUGUGUUGAAGCACACUUCGGUUCUCGUGCUGCAUCAUCCCUUGUUGCAGCAGCAGCGAAGCCUUGGUUGCCUGAUCUAGCUCUUGUGUUAGGGUCUGGAACCUUACUCAGAAAGAGGGAAGAAGGAAUUGCAACUUCCAGUGAAUUACUGCAUAUGAAGCUCCAUUUUCCAUCGUGGCUACACAUGCUAGCGAAGGUUGAGCUGCAUCAAAUGAGUAAGAGGAGCUCCGAGGAGCAGGGGGAAGAAGGUGGUAACAUUUCAGAAGAGCCUGGGGAAUUAUUGCCUACAUUUGGAAGAUUCAUGGAUAUGAUGGUGACAUUGUUGAGAGCAAACAGAACUGUAAUGGAUGCGGUUGGGAUGAUUUUCUUGACAGGAGCAGUGGUUGGAUUGGAAAGAAGGGAUUUCGGAUUGGUGCUGGGGAUGCUCCACUUUGUUUGCGUGAAGUUGGUGGAAGAAGAUAGAGAAUGGAGUCAACUUGAUGCAAUGUUGACUUCGCUCCCCGAGAUAUUCCCGAUAAUCGAGAGACAGGUUGAAGAAGAACAAAAUGAGGAAGAGGCAAGGAAAGAAUUGGAGAAGGCCAAAGCAUUGCUUGAACCUGUUUGGUUGUACCAUGUUUAUGAAACUGGUAAGUUCUGUGAUGCUGAGGAUUUGGAAUAGAGGAUUCUGCCAUGAACAAUAUUAGGAUAAGGAGAUGUUUUAGAUGAUGAUCCUAGCUUAGGACUGAGUCUGUCCGCGUUGGGGGGUACUAACUCUGCUAUUAUCUCAGAUAGCUUAAUUUUG